GGUGGAGGACAUCGAGGGCGAGGAGGACGGCGUCGAGGAGGCGGCGCUCGAGUUCAUCGACGAGACCCACCAGUCCACCACCCUGGCGGCCCUCAACAAGAUGCGAAAAAACCGUCACUUCUGUGACGUCAUUCUUCACGUAUGUGCCUGACCCGCGUGGUGCAAUCGGACAUGUUUUACCGCCGGUCACUGUUGCACCCAGUUGAUCUAGCUGCCCGGCCCGCGUUAUUCGCCUAGUUCCCGUAAACACGCCGUCGACACUGUUCCUUUUCCAUAAUUAACCCGUUUUAGUUAGUAGCACAGAAAUUAUAGAAAAGUUAUGGUAGCUGGUGGAACUGCGAAUAGCGGUGUGCCCGAUGAUGAUGUUCGUUUGUUAAAUUCACUUUUGGACCCAGUGACCAGCCGGUAAAAUUGUUAUUGACCACGGUCAGUUACACACUACUGGGCAGCAUAUCAAAAUCUUCAGUCAUAAAUUCAAUUUUAAUGACCAGUAAUUGGCAACAUAGAGGUGCACGCCCACAGAGCCGUCCUGGCCAGUGCUUCCGCAUAUCUGUUCGAGCUGUUCUCCAACGACCAGGACCCCAAGAGGUUCGAGAACGUGGUCACCUACACCUUGAAUGGAGGCUUCGAUCAGAACGCCAUGUCCACCCUCAUUGACUACGCCUACACAUCCACCCUGCACUGCAAAAACAGCCAGGUUAAAGCGGUGUUCCUGGCGGCGAAUCACUUGAAGAUGGAGCGGGUGACCAAAAUAUGUGCGCAGCACCUCAUCAAACACUUGUCAGUGGAAAAUUGCAUUGAGAUCCGUUCCUUGCCCGGCAUCGCCAGAAACAAAGAAUUCAUCCAACAAGUUGACGCCUUCAUCGCUAAAGAGUUCGCCAAAGUCAGCAAAGUCAACAAUCUACUGAAUCUCUUCUGUGCCCGCAUCGAAGUCCUCAACCAGUCCAAGGAGGAGCGUUCCCACGUGAACCAGAGCUCGUUGUGUCGACUGGUACUGGAGUGGAUUAAAAGGCAGGUGACUGAAGAAACCCUGAGUACGGAUCAGCUGUUCGAAAAGACUUUCAUGUUGUACCUGGCCAUUGACAACUCCUUGCAGGAUUGCGUCAUUCUACCCGCUGGCGAUGUAAGCGACACGGAAAUCGUACAAGACUACAAAAAGUUGUCGAUGAAAAACACCCCAUCGGGUGGCAAACCGAAGCGCAAGGCCCUACAGCAACCCUCCAAGCCCAGGGUGCUGAUUUACAACAGGGAAAUCGGCGAAGAUCUCGAAUACGAGGUCGAACCCGACUGGAACGUGAUCGCCUACGACAGCAUUUCCGAACACUCCUUCUUGGCUCUUGUCACCGUGGGCGGCAAGUUGUGCACUCUUUCCAUACAAUUAAGACUGAACACGCCACAGACACCGUCACCGGUGCAAACGCCAGACGCAAGUCGACAAGUCAGCGAAGAGAAACCAGAUCUUUACUGCGCACUCUCCAACAUGACCUCCCAGAGGUGUGCUGUCGGUUGUGCUAACUACCAAGGGACGCUCCUAGUAUGCGGAGGUUACGAUAGAACAGAAUGUCUGCGGUCCGUUGAACAGUACAACCCGGACACCAACACGUGGAAGAUACUUCCACAAAUGCGUGAAAGCCGAGGCAGAGCCAAGAUAGCAGUACUGGAUGAUAAAGUUUACGCAAUUGGCGGCAGCAACGGAACGACCGAACUGGAUUCUGUCGAAAUUUUAGACAUGAACGCGACCAAAUGGGUCAAAGCCCAGAAACUGUCGUUGGCUAGAAGUAACAUGGGUGUGUGCACGUUGGAUGAUUUGAUUUAUUGCAUUGGUGGAUGGAACGGACAGGUGGGAAUCAAGCAGUGCGAAGUGUAUAACCCCAAAACGUCCCAAUGGACGCCAAUCGCUUCGCUUAAUAUUGGUCGUUACCAGGCUGGAGUGACCGCAUUGAAGAACCUGGUGUACGCGAUCGGCGGCUGUGAUGCUUGGAACUGCCUCAACUCCGUGGAAGUCUACGAUCCGGAGAAGGACUCGUGGAGCGUGGCCAAGCCGAUGAACACGGCCAGACGUGGAUGCGGCACUGCCGUCUUCAACGGCCGCAUCUACGUGGUCGGCGGAUCGGACGGUUCGCAUUCGCUCAACUCCACGGAGAUCUUCGACGAGGCGAGCGAAUCCUGGAUCCAGGGUCCGACCAUGACCACCCCCAGGGCCAACGUCGAAGUGGCGGUGGUGGGCGACAGGCUCUACGCCGUCGGCGGCUUCUCUGGUAAGAACUUCCUAAACACCAUCGAAUACCUCGACGCCAAGUCCAACGAGUGGACGACGUUCGUGCCGAAGGGCACGUGCGACGUCCCCGUGCACAGGAAGCCGCGCAGCCGACGAAACUCGUCGAGAAAAAGCAUAUCGGAAGACAAGCAAAAGCACUCGAACGGUACCAAUGGCAUUCCGACGACGCCACGCGAGAGCGUCGUACAGGAAAACGGGACCACGGAUAUCACAUUGACGAUGGCGUCAUCUUAACCCAUCAUAAGUUAGAAUAAUUUAUGCUAACGUUAAGAUAGUUUUAAUGGAAUAAUUGGACGUCGGCCGUACGUCACCAAAAUUGGGAAUUUUUUGCGUGACGUAAUUCCGGUUGUCCCUUAACUAUAAUCUACUUUAAAAUAAAAUAAAAGUAUUAUAUUCAUAUAUAUAUAAUUUAAGAGUCACUUGCCCUGAAGUUGUUACGAUUACUUAUAUAAAGUAAUCAGAUGGGGCAUUCAUCAUACCAUUUUUUCAUCGUUACUUGUUAAGUUUUUUUAGUGCUGUUGCGAAAUUUUCCUGUUGUAUUCCAUAACGUGCACAGGAAUUUAUAAAUCUAUGCAUAAUCUACCAUAUAUGUGUCUUGUGAUUAGAGAUAUACACUGGAUAUGUUUAAAAGAGGAACAGAAAAUUUUAUCUAUAUACAUAUUAUAAUUGCAGAGCUUCGUAUAGUCUAUGAAUUAUACUUCCUGAUUUAACUUUCAUAUUGAUGUAUAAUAAUCGUUUCAAUAAAUGCUUUUGAUUGUUUAACUGGGGAAGUCCAAUACAUAGAACUUAAUUAUAAGUUAUGUUUUGUAAUUCGAUUUAGUCGAUUUCAUUCAAGUUUUUGAUUUGAAUCGAAGUAUAAAAUCUUUAAUUAUGUUUGCUCAUUGUAGUGUUAAAUCAUCAAGCAGUUUUUUAUAAGUGUAUAUUGAAGAAAAGAAAAUAUAUAUUUUAAAUACUC